GCCCAGCAUCAUCUAUGCCAGCCAGCUUUCAUCCAUCCUGCUGGGCCAAGUCCUCCACCACUUGGUCCAGGAGGAGCACCUGGGGCCCACGGUGGCAGAGCUGGAAGACCCACGGCAGACGCAGCUGGCUCCAGAGACACAGGGAGGGCCGGCUUCGUGGCUGGAGCCCGUCCAGGAGCUCCCUGAGUCCCCUGGGCUGGAGCUACGGCCGGUGUCACCUGCUUCAGCCCCUGCAGAGCCGGAGGAUGUCCCAGCAGCGGCCUCAGCCCUGGAGGCAGGCCCUGAGCUGGAGCCCCAUGAGGCCUCGGGCCCGGGUCCCAUGACACCUGCAGGAAUGGCACCAGGCCCGGCAGAGCCAGAGUCAGACCCGGAGCCCACCAGGCCCUGUGUCACGAUCACCCGGGACGUGCCGAGGAAGGAGGAGCGGACCAUCCUGCAGUUCCCUGCCCACCUGGUAGCCGAGCAGCUGACCCUGAUGUGUGCGGGGCUGUACAGCAAGGUUGACUAUGGCGAAUGCAAGGCCUACUUAGAGAGCCAGCCACUGAUGGAAGGCAUUGAGCUCCUGGCCCCCAACGUGCAAAUGGUCAUCAGGCAAUUCGAUGCCAUGGUUAGCUUGGUCAUCUCCUCCUGCCUCGGAACCCUGACGAUGACUGCCCAGGACAGGGCCCAAGUGGUGGAGUUCUGGAUCCGGGUGGCCAAGGUGUGUCAUGGGACAGCCCCUGGGGUCCCUCCUUUGCCAACUCUCAGGAUGGUUGUCUGUGGUCUGCCAUGCAUGUUCCCUGAGCCCCUCGUGCCAGGGGCAUGA